CGCAGCCUGGCUGAACUGCGGCGUCUCUGCACGCACUUAAGUAACGCGGCAUUCCGCAGCGAUUUCGUGACGAAUACACACAAAUUGCCAAAAUGGUUAACUUCACCGUGGACCAGAUCCGAGCCAUCAUGGACAAGAAGUCCAACAUCAGGAACAUGUCCGUGAUCGCCCACGUGGAUCACGGCAAGUCCACGCUUACGGACUCGCUGGUGUCGAAGGCGGGCAUCAUCGCUUCAUCCCGGGCCGGAGAGACUCGUUUCACGGACACGCGCAAAGACGAGCAAGAGCGUUGCAUCACCAUCAAAUCAACGGCCAUCUCCAUGUACUAUGAGCUCGGCGAGAAAGACUUGGCCUUCAUUAAGCAGUGCAAAGAUGGAAAUGGCUUCCUCAUCAACCUCAUCGAUUCACCAGGUCACGUUGACUUCUCCUCUGAGGUUACGGCGGCCCUCAGGGUGACCGAUGGAGCCUUGGUGGUGGUGGACUGUGUCUCCGGGGUGUGUGUGCAGACUGAGACUGUACUGCGGCAGGCCAUCGCUGAGCGCAUCAAGCCGGUUCUGAUGAUGAACAAGAUGGACCGGGCCUUGCUAGAACUUCAGCUGGAGACAGAGGAGCUCUUCAGGACCUUCCAGCGUAUCAUAGAGAACAUCAACGUCAUAAUUUCCACCUACGGAGAGGAUGAGGGUGGACCCAUGGGCAACAUCCUGAUUGACCCUGUUAUAGGCACAGUUGGGUUCGGUUCUGGUCUGCACGGCUGGGCUUUCACACUGAAGCAGUUUGCUGAGAUGUAUGUGGCCAAAUUCGUUGUUAAAGGAGAAGCUCAGAUGAGUCCAGCAGACAGGUGUAAGAAAGUAGAAGACAUGAUGAAGAAACUGUGGGGGGAGAGAUAUGUUGAUCCAAGUACUGGCAAGUUCACCAAGACUCCUACAGGUCCUGAUGGCCAGAAAUAUCCUCGCUCUUUUUGCCAGUUUGUUUUGGACCCCAUCUUCAAGGUGUUUGAUGCCAUCAUGAAUUUUAAGAAGGACGAGACGGCCAAACUCAUUGAGAAGCUGGAUAUCAAGCUAGACUCUGAGGACAAAGACAAGGAAGGGAAGGCUCUGCUGAAGGCGGUGAUGCGUCGCUGGCUGCCAGCCGGGGAGGCCCUGCUCCAAAUGAUCACCAUCCAGCUGCCCUCACCUGUCACCGCUCAGAAAUACCGCUGUGAGCUGCUCUAUGAGGGCCCGGGAGAUGAUGAAGCCGCCAUGGGUGUUAAGAACUGCGAUCCCAAAGCUCCUCUGAUGAUGUAUAUUUCCAAGAUGGUCCCGACCAGUGACAAGGGUCGCUUUUAUGCAUUUGGCCGCGUGUUUUCUGGAUGUGUGUCCACCGGCCAGAAGGUGCGCAUCAUGGGGCCAAACUUCACUCCUGGCAAGAAAGAAGACCUCUAUAUCAAACCCAUCCAAAGGACUAUCCUGAUGAUGGGCAGAUAUGUGGAGCCUAUUGAAGAUGUUCCAUGUGGCAACAUUGUAGGUCUUGUUGGAGUCGACCAGUUCCUGGUGAAGACAGGGACUAUCACCACUUUUGAACAAGCCCAUAACAUGAAGGUGAUGAAGUUCAGCGUCAGUCCUGUUGUCAGAGUUGCCGUGGAGGCCAAGAACCCGGCCGACUUGCCCAAGCUGGUGGAGGGCCUGAAGCGCCUGGCCAAGUCUGACCCCAUGGUCCAGUGCAUCAUCGAAGAGUCUGGGGAGCACAUCAUCGCAGGAGCGGGCGAGCUGCACCUGGAGAUCUGCCUGAAGGACUUGGAGGAGGACCAUGCCUGCAUUCCACUGAAGAAAUCAGACCCAGUUGUGUCUUAUAGAGAGACGGUGACAGAGGAAUCUGACCAGAUGUGUCUCUCCAAGUCUCCCAACAAGCACAAUCGUCUCUUCAUGAAGUCUCGUCCUUUCCCAGACGGCUUGGCCGAAGACAUUGAGAAGGGUGACGUCACGGCUCGUCAGGAGCUCAAAGCUCGUGCGCGUUACUUGGCCGACAAGUACGAGUGGGAGGGGACUGAAGCCAGGAAGAUCUGGUGCUUUGGUCCUGAUGGAAGCGGGCCCAACUUGCUCAUAGACGUGACAAAGGGGGUCCAGUACCUCAACGAGAUUAAGGAUAGCGUGGUGGCUGGUUUCCAGUGGGCUACUAAAGAGGGUGCGCUGUGUGAGGAGAACAUGCGCUCCAUCCGUUUUGACAUCCACGACGUGACGCUGCACGCUGACGCCAUCCACCGCGGUGGAGGACAGAUCAUUCCCACAGCUCGCAGGGUUCUGUACGCCUGCCAGCUCACCGCUCAGCCCCGACUCAUGGAACCAGUGUACCUGGUGGAGAUUCAGUGCCCUGAAGCUGUGGUAGGGGGGAUCUACGGUGUUCUGAAUCGGAAACGAGGUCAUGUGUUUGAGGAAUCUCAAGUGAUGGGAACCCCCAUGUUUGUGGUGAAAGCCUACCUGCCUGUUAACGAAUCCUUCGGAUUCACCGCUGACCUGCGUAGUAACACUGGGGGGCAGGCCUUUCCACAGUGCGUGUUUGACCACUGGCAAAUUCUCCAGGGUAACCCUCGAGACCCCACCAGCAAACCCUCCGACGUUGUUGCUGAAAUUAGGAAGCGUAAAGGUCUCAAGGAGGGGAUCCCCGCGCUGGACAAUUACCUGGACAAAUUGUAACAACUGAGCCUGGAUUUACAUAUACGUCCAACUCUAUCACUAAAUCUUAACCUUGUGGGCACUUUAAUAAUCUUUGCACUGGCUUAAGUUUGCACAACGGGUUCACCUUAAAGUCUCCACUUUAAAUAAAAUAAAAUAAAAUUUAAAAAUAAAGCUUUUGCGCGUGUUGUUGUAGGGUAAUGGGGGUAAUAAUGCUUACCUUUUAAUUUCACAACAACAGUACACCAAGUGCCUAGGUAAAAGGUCCUGGGGGAAAUUGGAGUAAAGCUGUUGGAUGAUCAAUUCCUUAAUUUCCUUUUUUACAUCCCCCGUCACUGCAUUUCAUCUGACACUACGGCUCUAUAAGGAGCACUGUGAUCCUGCUGCAAUAAUGUACGAAGCGAGCAAGAAUGUUUCAGGAUUGGUCGAGCUCUCCAUUAAACUUCACUGAUCAUAACGAAUAAAAUAUUUGACUGCAGAUGAAGUGGCUUUUUCUUUUUUUUAAUUUCUUAACUCAUCGGGUAAAGCACCAGUGUCCUCAUUGAAGUUUCCUAAUUCAAAACUGAUGUACACUUUUUUCCUCUUUAUUCACAUUUUCUCAAGUUAUAUAUGCAAUGCUAAUAAAUGCCUGAUUUUAAAAAAUGCAA